AUGCCUCCUCCCUGGCGCUGGCAUGCUCGGAUACUACUUCGCGCAAGCGUCGACGGACUGGCGGCCGCACCAUCACCUUCGUCGACUUCUGCCUCGCGCGUCUCGUUCUCUAGUCCCGUCCGGCAAACCCUCUUUGAAUUCGAGGACUGCCCAGGGGGCAAGCUCAAAGCCGAAUGUGCAGCUGUCAGGACGAUUCUGUACCCCGGAAUCAAUCUCACACAUCAUUCCCUUCAUCCAUGUCGCCGCACACCAUCCCUUUUUACCCCUCCCCCAUCCCAAAAAUUCCGGCUGGCCACUCCGCACUGA